AUGGCUUCAUUCCAACCCUUCAACUUUGAAACUCAAAUUCCCCAAGAGCUUUUGAUAUCUCAAAUCAUGCAAAUUCAUGCAACAAUUUCAAAGCUAGAAUCUCUUAGGCCAUCAAAACAAGUCAACACCCUUUUGACUCACUUGGUCAAACUUUGCACCCUCCCUUCAUCCAUUGACAUUGAAGCCUUACCACAAGAGGUUAAGAAAAUGCGUGAGAGCCUCAUUCCCAUUUGUGGCAAAGCUGAAGGACUUUUAGAGCUUGAAUUCUCAUCUUUCAUUAGCCUCACACCAAAUCCAAUGAAAAACUUGACACUUUUCCCUUACUACGGAAACUAUGUUAAGCUAGCAAACUAUGAGUACAAAAUCCUCAAAGAAAACGGCGUUGCGAAUGCGAAAAAAGUAGCUUUCGUAGGUUCGGGUCCAAUGCCACUAAGUUCAAUCAUAUUAGCAACUCAUCACAUGGAAUCAACGCAAUUCGAUAAUUUUGAUAUCGAUGAGAAGGCUAAUGAGGUCGCUAGUAAGAUCGUGGAUUCGGAUAAAGCGCUUGAGAAGAGGAUGAAGUUUGUGACACAAGAUGUUAUGGAAGUUAAAGAGAGGUUGGGACAUUAUGAUUGCAUAUUUUUGGCAGCGCUUGUUGGUAUAAGUAGAUGUGAAAAAGUGAAGAUUUUGGGACAUAUAAGAAAGUAUAUGAAAGAAGGUGGUGUUUUGCUUGUAAGAAGUGCAAAAGGGAGUAGAGCUUUUUUGUACCCUAUUGUUGAAGAAGAUGAUAUGGUGAAUUUUGAAGUGCUUACUAUCUUCCAUCCAACUGAUGAUGUGAUUAACUCGGUUGUUCUUCUUCGUAAGCCUAAUGCUUGAUUCAUUGGUCUCUCAUUUACCAAAUAAGUUGGAUAUUUACUAUAUAGUUUUAUGUUCAAAUGUGGGUUGUUAUGUACUAUAGUGCUUGCUUUUCGUUUGUAUUGCUUGAUAAGAUGGUUGAAAGUUAUGUAUUGUAUUUCAUAAUAUGAUAAUAAAUGUGUUUUUGGU